AUGGCCGAAAUCGUCGGAGUUGCGGCUGCUGCUAGCCAGCUUGCGGUAUCUUGCUUUGCGAUUCUCGAGCUCAUGAAAAAGAUAAAAGACGUGCCAUCAGCCUUGAAAGAUUAUCAAACACAUCUCCAAGAACUCUGUGAUCUUUCCACCUCUAUAUCUCUCAAUCCCCUUCUCCAGACCAAAGAGAUUGGUUCACAGACUCUUUCGCUACAGGCGAUUGUCAACCAAUACGACAUUGAGUCAAUUUUAAGCAGAAGCCGUUUGUUACAAUCCUUGGGAUUUCUUCGCAAAGAGAGAGAUCUGAAGAAUACCUUGAAUAUUCUUGAAAGGCGCAAGUCCCACCUUUCUCUCAUUAUCCACAACAUCGAGGCCAGCACACUCCACCAAAUACAGUCAGACAUACGUGUUAUGGCAAACCGUCCCUUACGCAACAGGCAGGAGAGCCUUUUGCUUGGUCCUAAGCACGAUGCUGCCGAAUUCGAAAAACAAGCCGGUGGUUCAUCAUCCACAACGAGUGGUGAUUCAGUCGCGCUUGUGAAGAGUUCGCAUGGGCCUCAAGACUGGAAGCCUGCUUCUGCUUUUCAUACCUACAUGCACCCUCAAAGAAUGACCAGCGAAGCCGAACAAAGCCACAUCUCUGAGCAACAUCAGGGCCAUCCCCUUCCUACCGGCGACCGCCCUUCUUCUCAAGAUUGGCCCCAACAGGAAUUUCCCUUCGGAAGUGAAGUCCGAGGUCGUUCCAUGUACUACAACUGCACGGCUGGUAACGCAAACCCCACAGCUUCGUCUUAUAUGACUCAGCCCUCGAACUCUGCCGACAAUGCACUCCUAUUCAUCAAUUGUACAAAGUCUGGGCCUGGCGAACAAAUCAACAAUAUCCACGCCACUUACGACCGCGAUUUAUGUGGGCUUCCGGUCUUGCAUGCCUACUAUUCCGGUUGCAACAUGCUGUCAGGCCAAGGUCCUGUUCAGAAUGGAACUGUGCAAAGGCAGAUCAACGGCCCCAGUCUGAGGAGACUGAAAAAAGCUAAUACCGAGGAUUGA